UCCCUGCCUCCCUCCGCUGCUCCCCAUGCUGAGCCCCAGGAGCUAUUUCUGGCUGCUCCUGAGCGUGGCUGCGGUGGCAUUGCGUAACAGCAGGAUGCUCACUGACAUAACGGGGGAAGGCCGCGUGCAUGUCCCCGGUCACUCCCUGAUGCUCUGCCUGGCUUAGCGCUGAGCGGCACAGACCUUCCCCUCCUCUCCCAGGAGCUUUGCUUUCUGUCCCCGUGGCUCUGGCAUCGCUUUCCAGGGCUAAUAGCGAGCCACAAGCCUGUCGGUGCUAGCGAGCCUGCUGCUGGCUUGCCUUCACAAAGGAGUGGUGGCACAGCUGCUGCAGGAAGUGAUUAGUGUCCUCCGAGGUUUCACACUGCUAUAGUGAGCCCUGGCUUUGAGCCCGUGCUCCUGGCUCUGCGUUGAGAAUGGCGCUGCAGGCCCAGCAGCACUGCGGGGUUUUUCCUAGGAAAGUUUGCUCUUUUGGCUUGCUCCCUGGCUUGUCAUGGAUGAAGUCCCUACAUGGUCAGCAGCUAGCACUCCUGCGAAGGACAUUAAACUGUUAGCGAGUGUCCAGAGGAGGGCUGCAGAGAUGGGGAAGGGCCUGGAAGACAAGGUGUGUGAGGGGUGCCUGAGCUCCCUGGGUUUGUUCAGCCCAGAGCAGAGGAGCUGAGGGGAGGCCUCAUGGCGGCUGCGGCUCCUCACAGGGAGCGGAGGGCAGCGCUGAGCUCUACUCUGUGUGACAGCGACGGGGCCGAGGGAACGGCAUGGAGCUGUGUCAGGGGAGGGGCAGGUUGGAUAUCAGGAAAAGGAUGAGGUGAGUCCUUGGUUGGCAAAGGAAGCUGGUCCCACCUAACAUCAGUGGUACCUGGCACUGUAUGCCCCGAGGGAAGUUACCGGCACAGCUCUGGCACGCAGAGUAUCUGCAAAGAAAGAAGGUGUUUUUCCUUCACCAGUGAGGGCUUAGAAAGCAGUAUUCUGCCUUGGGAAUGCCUCUGGUACCUCAACCUGUGGUGCAGCUGUUCAGCUAAAGGGGAGGAAAUGAGAACUCUUCCAAUAGAAAACACUGUUUUCCUUCUCUCUGCCUCCUGAUUGCACAAAUAGCUGUAUGGCCGGGUUGCUCAUGACCAGCUGCUUCAAGUCGUUUAGCUAGCUGGGGAUGAAAACUGUAUGUUACUGGUUAGAUCCCACAAUCAGAGAGAAUUAGCCUUGUCAGGCCUCAACUUGGGGGACCUGGGGUUUUGGCUGAAAGACUUUGACAGCUCAAAGCUGUGGGGGCUCAUAAACCAAGUGAAACAUUCAUAGACCUUUGUUUCUUAAAUAAAUAGAGCUGGAGUCAGCUUUGGCUUUUAGAAGUACAUGAAAAUGGAGAUGAGCUUAUGUAACAGAAGGUCACGGCCAUGGCUCUGGUUGGUGGGACCAGUACGUAACUAGCAGCUAAAUCCAGACAUGUCAGCUCCUGUCGGUCCAGCUCCAAAGACCUGUCCAGCUCUUCUCUGACUCGUGUAUUUCUUCAUCUUCAGUCUAGCUUCCAAAGAAACCAUGACCUUGAUGGCUGUAAUGCUAGUUCCCCUUUUCCCCCAUGGCUUCCAAACCUGAAAGCUGGCUCCAUUUGCCCAUUCAUCUGCAUCGCAACAGUGGAUACUUACAAAUCUGUUUGGGUUUAGAAGAGGGUGCCACAAUGGAAGAUGUGUACUUGGCAUCGGUGGAGACGGACCGAGGUGUGAAGGAGCAGCUGCGGCUGUAUGACACCAGUGGUCUGCAGGAGGGCGUAGAGCUGCCAAAGCACUACUUCUCUGUUGCCGAUGGCUUCAUUCUCGUGUAUGCCAUCACCAGCCUCGAAGCCUUCCAGAGAGUUGAACAGCUCAAAAAAGAGAUUGAUAUCUUCAGAGACAAAAAGGAGGUAACAGUCAUCGUCUUGGGAAACAAAAUGGACCUCCUGGAGCAAAGACAAGUGGAAACAGAAGCAGCGCAGCAAUGGGCAAGGGCUGAAAAAGUGAGACUGUGGGAAGUGACCGUGACAGAUCGGAAAACACUGCUUGAGCCAUUCACCUUCCUAGCCAGCAAACUCUCCCAGUCCCAGAACAAAUCAACGUUUCCCUUGCCUGGAAGGAAGAGCAAAGGGAAUAACUGUGAUAACUAAGCUCCCUUUAAUGCUGUCUGCUGUAGCCAGGUGCAGCCUAAAUCCUUUCUAUGCCUUUUGCUUCACGCGGUUUCACUUAAAGCAAUAAUCUCAUUCAGCAAUAAAUCAGCAGGCUUACGGCUAAGAGGUAUUCUUCCUUCUCAAGGACUUGGCUGGAAAAAGUCACUGCUGGUAAAGCCUUAAACAGCACUUAAUGACGGGAGCUAUCUUGCAACAAGGCUGAGCAGGGGAGAAGAGGGUGGGAAAGAGGCAGGGCUCACCUCUUCUGCAGGGGCUUAGACUGUCCCUGGGUACAGCCACAAAGGGAAACAACCCUUUGGAUCUAUGGCAAUUAUUCACACACACAGCUACCUGUAGUGAAGCUGUAAACGUGGCAAGAGGAUAUGUUUGAAACAGCAGCAGUCCUUUGACCUUAAGCAGGGAGCCCCUUGGCCACAGGGUUUUGGAUACUGCAGGGGGCUCAGGUCAGGGUGUUGUUGCAGGAAUAGGGUUGGGGCAGGAGGAGUAAAUACGAACAGAUUUAGAUGCCAGAGCUCUGUUAGUGUCUGAAAGUAAGAAAAGAGGGACACUGUCUCCUGGGAGAUCCUAGGCCAGAUCUACCCUAAUAUGAAGCUUGUCAGCAAAGUCUGGCAAGUAGUGCCUUCAGCUCGGGAAUUUAUUUGUACAAACCAGAAAAGCUCUCACAGCACUCAUUAAUUUAACUGUGACCUGAUGGACAACAUAGCAGUAUAAAGUUUUGUUCCAACGUGUCCAGUGCAAAUCAGUCACACUGACAUAGGUGCUAAUUUUACUUAGAAUGGUAUGGAACAACUUGGUAAGCAGGAGGUACCUCACCGGGCUCUGCUCAGUGCUUUGUGAAAUACUCCUGCCCAGCUAGAGAGCGAAGCCACAGCAACCCACAGCCUGAACAAGCCUGCAGGCUGAAGUACAGCCAGGACAGAGUGCUGCACUGCUUGGUGAGAGGGGCUGGGGAGUGCAGGUUGUUGCCUGGUGGGAUCAACCUCACAGCAAAUGCACAGAGAUCCCUGUACAGAUGGCCUCGGUCUUAACGUGCUGUACAUCGUACAGCAGCAGGAGCACAGCUUUAUGCGCUGGAUUUGACACUCCACAUUGAUAAACCUGUUCCAGGUCAGCCUGUUAGCAAACCAAAUAAAACUGACUAUAAAGGUAUAAUGAGUGGCUGUUCCCAAAGUGAGGGGCCAGCUUUUGGCCUCUAACAACCUUAAUACACUGACAGCAGCUUUUCUUUGUAUUUAAAGGCAGGAGCGGGGAAAGAGAGCAAACUGAAGUACUCUGUUCCUCAAUUUACCAUGAGAUUAAUGUUGCUUUGAACAAAUAUUGAGAAUUUCAUUGUGAAUCAGCAAAACCACGAGCAAUAUUUGCACUGUCAUAUCAUAACUGCUAAAUAGUGUGCAUAAUGAUCACAAUUAGGCUGUGUGCUUAUAGCACUGCUCUUCCCGAAUCCUGGCAAAUAAACUCUGUCAGCAUUACUAAUGCCAGAGCAACAGCACAAUCCACUGAAAAUUAAGCAAGUAUUCCUACCUUCAUAAUGAAGCUAGACGAAACUGUUUAUGUGCUUUGCUCAAUACAGUUUGGAUUGCCGUGGCCACCAAGUCAGAUAAGAGAGCAAUUAGGAAUGAGCAAGCCCCUGUAAUGCCCUGCUAGAAACAUACAAUUGCCUCCGUUGCAACACUGCAGCUGAGUAAGCACUCCAGCACGACCUCCCCCAGCCUGGCCAGUAAUAGUCAUCGUCCCCAGUGAUGCUGCAGAACAACACUCCCUCCUCACUCAUUUCCUACAGUACACGUGUACUCGUGGUCCUCCCCACCCAGAAGACUGCAUGCACAGAAUCUGCCCAUGUGCUUGGGAAGCAGGGCGGCUUCGGAGCAGCAGCGGUUCACCUAUUUGCUGCAGCUUUUCAUCGAGGAAUCGGUUACCUUCCUCCUCUUCAGCUUUGCAGAACCACUCACCAGGGAAGGACUUGAUUCAGCUAUGUAUCAGUCAAAAUACAGAACACCUCUGCUAAGCACAUACUGUCACCGAGGCUGACCCCUGAGCCAAGGGAGCGUGGGCCAACAAGUGAAACCAGUUGGAAUUAGCUUAAAUGGUGGCGAUGGAAGGAAUGGAGACGACCGGUUCCUGGCCAGGUGUGCUGGAACAGACGUCACCUGUGGUCUGCAGGGGCUGGGUCACACAACUUGCUCACUCACCCCCUGGACACUCAGGACUCGGCAACGCUUUAAGAAUAGCAGAGGAAAAGGGAUCUUUUAAGUGACUAACAUUAUGUUUCCAAACAGGUUACGUAAAGUCUAACGUGUUAUCUUUGAUUUAGUUAAACCCAUUUCCAGAUCAUUUUGGGCAUCUGCAUAAACAACCACCACCCAUUGUUUUAUUUAAUAGGCUUACCCUGAUGCUUUCUAAGCACUCAACUGCCUUUUCUAAAUAGCACAGUAUUUUAUUGGCCAGCAAUAGAAAUGGCAGUUUCUCCUCUGCAAACAAUCUGCACUCGAUGGCUGGUACUGAGUCAAAGUGAAACUCACCGUAGUGCAGUUUUACCUUGGGUUAAUAAGUAAAGUACAUCCAUACAGGGUAUAAAGUAAUAGUGCCAGGGCAGGAAAUGUAUUUUGCCCUUUGUUGUUUCAGUGAUUCAAAGUCUGCCCCAGGUCACAAGGAUCAUUGAUGUACUACAAUGCUAGACAGUCCCUUCACGAGGGGAUAAACAAUUAAAAAGAAAGAAGGAAGGCAGGCAGGCAAAUUGAACCUCCUUUCUCCGUUUGUUACACUUCUGUCCACCCUAAAUUAGCUUCCCCCCCACUGUCAACUGCAAGAAUUGAUUUGGCAUGUACUGGUAGCACAAAGCAAGGAACAGACAAAAACCGACAGAGGUCGUGUACAUCCUCACAGAGUGAAGGGGAGGAAUGAAUGAAUGUAAGGGUCCCUUACCAGAGACGCUCCUGGUGUGAUGUGCCUGUACAGCAGUGAUUUUUCCAGGCUGAGCUGAACAGUGUGGGAAGCCCCACACCAGGACACAAGUUGUGUUGAAAGAAGACAGUUUAGCAGAUGAGGCUAACAUCAGACCAGUACCCACAACUACCCAACACAGGAGAGGUUCCUGUACUUAGACUCCUUGGGACCAAAUUGGAUUUGAUCUUGAAAUAGAUAUGAAGCAUAUAAAACAAAUUUACGUUGUAAAGUACAAAAAUAAACCCGUGAGAACAGACGAACACAUCGCACUCAGAAGAAUGUCGCAACGUGAUGCACUUGCCAUGUGAAAAUGAAUCUGUGCUUCCGGCCUUCACCUUAAGGGAGUGGUCAAAAAUGCCACAUUGAUACCUAACUACCCUGUUGCCACACUCUUCAAUGUGCACACCAUAUCUCUGGGAGAUAAUCUUUCGAGCUAGUUAAAGGAUAUACAGGCUAAGCCUCCUUUAUGGUGUCUUCGUCUGGCUUCCCAGGAUGCUACUCUUUCUCCUCUUUGACGUGGAAAUUGAUGACUCCAUCAGACAACCAGGAGAAUAUUCUCUUCUUCCUCUCUCCUUCUGCCCAUUACUUAUGCUCUUCCUAUUGUAUUUCCAUAUAGUGCAACACUCCUGAGAAGACAAUGCCAUGAAAACUUGAGCAGAAGACUAACGAGGGGCUAUAGGAGCCUGUGUAACACCUACACAGUGACUGUGUUGUCAUUCACUGUAUGCUCGUCUAGAAGUGUCUUCCCAAAACAGAAGCAGAUGGCGCACUCACCUGCAGAGCUCACUUGUCUUUAUACGGAAUGCAAUCCCUGAAGAGCACUGGGAGACACAGUUCUGGCAGAGUGAUAAAGCAAGGCACUAACACUAAGCAGAAGUCUCUUCUUCUUUUUUUUUCUUUUUUUUUUUUAAACAUCUUUUUAUUAGCACAGUAACAAAUGCAGACUUAAGUAGCCCACAACAUACAACCAAUCCACUGAGUGACUCCUAUCCCACGCCUUACAAUUAGACAGCUUAAGGUAUUUCACUACAAGUUGCCAUUAGUCCUGAUUAAAACCUUUAUUCUUCUCACAAAGAUAGAUUGGCUUAUAAAAUAAUACAUUAGCUACUUCUCAUUUCAUAUAUGAGGCCAUAUAUCCCCCUCUCCGUAUCACAGAACAUGAGAUGACAGUCUUUAAAAAGGAUUUGUUAAAUACCAAUGCGCCCUCUAUAGGGGAAAACAAUCCCAACAUCUUUUUUACAAAAAAAAAAAAAAAAGCAAAACAAAACAAAA